CGGGCCUUCCAUCAAAUCUUCUUACCUACCGCCGUUUGGCAUCCAAACCGGAUCUCGAUUCAGAAAGAAGCGGUGAACGGAAAUGUUCGGCCGGAGGAGGUUUCUGUCGUUUCCACUCGUCAUUGGCGCGGUCGUGAUUGGUGUCGUGUCUGGAAAAGCUAUAUUCGGGCCGCCUCUUGAGGAGUACUGGAAGAAGAAGCUUGAGGAGGAAGCAGCUGCAAAAGAGAAUGAUGUAAGCUCCCCAUAGGGCAAACCAAAAGUGCAGAUGCAACCCAUACAUUCGUUCGCGAUUCCGUUUCCACAUCACUGUUCUUGCUUCAAUUUCUUGGCCCCAAGGACAAGAGCAAAUCAUCCAGUUUUAUAACUAGGAACACAAAUCUACUGCCAUAAAAAACAGUCUGUACAUAGACCAUGAGAAAAAACCUGGGAAGUUGAAUUUCUAUAAAUGUUUAUUUUUCGCCAUCUCUCUUUUCUCAGACGUGAUUGAUUAGAAACGAAAGAGAAAUAGCGGCCUAAUCGAAUGGUAUGCUUAUUAUAUUGAAGAAUCUGACGAGAUUCUCUUCCCAGGAAUCUGUGUCGGUGUGGGGACGUUGAUACACACCAGAGCCAACAAGUGCGGAGCUGCCACGCGUCAAGUGCGUACAAUACCGUGCCAUAUUGACCACUCUCGGGGCACUUCAACAUAAAGCGGCUCACCGCUAUCCACGAUUCAACGUUUUGCCAUAUUUUACUUGCUUCCGCCUCUUUAGAAUUGAUAAACCGAAAUCCUCUCCGCCAGAAUUGCUAUUCCGGGAUGAACUAUUCCACCACGUUUAACUACAAAUUGCUAUAACCAAAUAUACCCUGUAUAGGUGAGGAGUCUGAUUGUUUCUUUUUUUCUUUGUUAAUUCGUGUUAAAAAAGGAGUGUAACUUACCAUCACCGUACGGAGCAUCCCUAACCCGGAGAAUAGUCUGGUCUUGAUGCGAAACCAAACACAGAUUAGGAUACCCAGCCACCAUCACAAACUAAUGAAAUGUUGAAAGGUUUGGUGGGCCAAAUGUAUAUGCAUCACACAUGCACGUGUAUAUAUAAAACAUGUAUCUAUAGAAAGCUGCUGGUGUUUCAAUUGGUGUGAACUUCUGAAAUCUACAUAUUUGGCUCUCUCUCUCUCUCUACAAGAAAAGUUCCCAGAUCAGCACAAAAGAGUAUUAAGGCGCAAUUACAGCGUUCUCUCUCACCUAGCAAGCAGCUUUGUUUUCCCAGGAUAACUGUUAAAAGCCUCUCAAGGAAUGGAGAUAGGUUAUAAGCCUUAUGUUGAUCCCGAGGUCGAAUCGCUUAUUGCUAGAAUUCACCCUCCCAGGAUUUGCAUUGACAAUGAUGCAUUCCAAGACUGCACACUUGUGAAGGUUGAUAGUGCCAAUAAGCAUGGGGUACUGCUGGAGAUGGUUCAAGUUUUGACAGAUCUUGACCUAGUGAUUUCCAAAUCAUAUAUCUGCUCUGAUGGUGGUUGGUUAAUGGAUGUAUUCCACGUGACAGACCAACUGGGAAACAAAAUUGUUGAUGAAAGCAUCAUCCAUUACAUCCAGCAGGCCUUAUGUGAAAGUAGGAGGGGGUCAAGGGAGAUCCAAACCUUUAUUGGUAGAGACGUUAGGCCCCGAUAUGUCUUGACAGAACACACAGCUUUGGAAAUGACAGGAACAGACAGGCCAGGGCUAAUGUCAGAAAUAUCAGCUGUGCUAGCUGAGAUGGGAUGCCACAUAUCUGCUGCCGUGGCAUGGACACACAAUGCACGGGCAGCAUGCAUAGUCUACGUGGAAGAUGACUCAAAGCAUGGCCCAAUCACGGACCCCUACCGUGUGGCCCAAAUCCAGGCACAGCUGGAGAAUGUUGUUGAGGCCCAUCACUAUAACGGGGAACGCCGGAGUGUGAGGCUGUCAGACCCUACUGCAAGCCGGACGCAUACUGAGAGGCGCCUCCACCAGUUAAUGGCGGCUGAUAGGGACUAUGAGCAGUGUUGCUCCUGUCGUGAAAAUGGUAAUGAAGAAGGUGAAAAACACAGCCAGGAAAGGUGUUAUAACAGUGAAACAAGCAUAAAAAUAGAAAACUGUAAAGAGAAGGGGUACAGUAUAGUUACAGUAUGGAGUCGAGACCGGCCCAAGUUGCUCUUUGACACUGUCUGCGCACUCACCGACAUGCACUAUAUUGUUUUUCAUGCAUCCAUUAGCUCUCAUGAUUCCACUUCAGUUCAGGAAUAUUACGUAAGGCACAAAGAUGGAUGCACAUUGAAUUUAGAAAGUGAAAGACGCAGAGUUACCCAAUGCUUGAUUGCAGCCACAGAAAGACGAGCCUCUCAUGGACUAAGGCUAGAUAUCUGCACUCAAAACAGGCUAGGGCUGUUAUCAGAUGUCACAAGGGUUUUCCGAGAAAAUGGAUUAUCCAUUACCAGGGCUGAGAUUGGGACACAGGGCGAGAGAGCAAUAGGCACAUUCUAUGUAAAAGAUACUUCGGGGCAAAGUGUUGACCCAGAAACACUGGAAUCUGUUAGACAAGAAAUUGGAGGUACCGUUAAGGUAGUUCACAAAUCCUCAGGUAGGUUUACUCAGGCCACUUCAUCUGGCAAUAGCACAAGGAGGAGUCAUAGGAGCAGCGGGGAAGAUGGGAAGCCCGGGUUUUCAUUGGGAAGCUUGCUGUGGGCACAGCUUGAGAGACUUUCAAACAACUUCCGACCCAUAAAAUCCUAAACUAGCAUACUAGUUUCUUUAUUGUUCAUUCCAUGGGAGCAGUGGGAAAGACGAGAAGCCUGGGAUUUCACUAGAAAGCUUGCUGUGGGCGCAGCUCGAGAGACUUUCAAACAACUUCAGACCCAUAAUAUCCUGAACCUGCACACUAGCUUCUUUAUUGUCCAAUCAUCUGUAAACAAGAGAAUCCCGUGUAUAGAAAUUAGAAUCCUCUGCAGACUGUCUUCUAAUGCCUUUUUAGAUUGUGUAUAUAAUGAAUUAACCAACUUUUCUUAUCAUUUAACAAUUACAUCAACAUUAAUAGAGAUAUUUGUAGAUGCA